CUGAGUAAACCAGUUAAGAAUGGAGGGAUGUUUUAUCAUCAUUAUUAUGUCUUUUUGCAAGUCUUGCUGACCAUAAGUUCUCCAGAUACGUAACUGUUAUUACGUCAAUGUUGACAAGAUCCUUUAACUGUCAUGCAGCAGCAAACAAAACCAACAUUUUUAGAUUAAUUACUCCAUACGUCCAGGUCUGUGUCACAGUUUCCUUCUCCUAUCAGUGAACUUUUAACAUCUAUUUACCACAGAGAUAAUUUAAAAUUUAACUGGGUUUUAAGCCGCAUAGUAAUUAGAGCCAACUACAUCUUUAUGCUCAUUAGAGAACCAAGGAGAAGCAUUUUGUUCCUGAGUCRGUGUGUCAGGUGAUUUGUGUGACAACCUGUGGAUGAGAAGUGUCAACAGUGAAUAAGAGACACAAGAGAAAAAGCUCAUCAUUUGAAUGUAAACCCAUAAUGUCGAUUUUAUUUUGAAAUCCCAUUGCCCUCUUAUUUUUGUUUUAUUUUAUUUUUUCUUCAAGUGUUUCUUUGAGGUGUUCUGAUACAGAAUUGUACCACAGUUUGAAUAUAAGUACAGGCUACACAACAUGAGUUGAUUAACUCCAAAAAGGUAAACAUUGUGUUAAAAUCUGAUGGAUUAUCAGUCUGAUGCAGAUUUAAUCCCAUCUUUUCAGGUAUCCCAACGAUUUAUCCUCGCAAGAAAGAAUUAAAGCUCAUCCUGGGGUCCUCCCACGCGCCGAGUCUCCCCUCUGCACGCUGAUUGGUCGGCUCCGCAGCUUCAGGACCACGCAGGCUGAACAGCGACGCGCAGCCGCUUCAGGAGGAUGCUGCUCCGCUUCUGCCUCCCAGCGCGGUUACUAUGACACCGGUCCUCCUGCUUUUUCUCCCUCAGCCUGAUGUCAUUGUUUCACCCAUCUAUGGGAAGUCUCUGUGUUUGUAGCUCGUGCCCCCUCUCGGUUUGAUCGCUCGUGCUCUGCUCUCUGCACGGGGGAUCUGUUUUUCGCAGAAGCUCGGAUGCACAGGUUCCGUUUCGAGUCGAAAAGGCAUGACGGACUCCGCCGAUCCCGCCGCUCCGGUUCUCCUCAGCAGCUGGAUGUCAUCAUGCACAGUGCCGGGUCCCCACCACCACCACCAUCAUCAUCAUCAUCAUCAUCAUCAUCAUGUGAUGCCGCGGGUCUCCUCGCGCCUCUUGUGACAUGACAUCUCGGAGCAGGAAGAAGAGGAUCAAGGGUCGGAGAGGGUUCAGACCCAAACUGACAGUCUGGAUUAUCUGAGUGGAAGGAGUUCAGCAUCAGUUUGACUCUGAUUGAUUAAUCCAGAUUUGGGCCUCCAGCUGGUGACACCUUCACAGCCUCAUCUGAUGUACGGCCUCAUAGUCCCGGCCAGCUGUGAGCCUCCCCCACGCGCCCACUCGCGCCCCCCGGCCUGUCUGUCACACUCACCCGGCCGCUCCUCCUCCUGAGCGUCGCCCGCCAUGGGCUGCAUCCAGAGCAUCGCGUGCAACAAGUCGCGCGUCCGCCGGGAGAACAUCGUGGUGUCCGACCUGUCGGCCACCAUAGACCACUGCCCCACGCUCAUUGAGGAGAACUCGCCCAUAGUGCUGCGCUACAAGACGCCCUACUUCAAAGCCUCCGCGCGCAUCGUGAUGCCCCCCAUCCAGCGCAACGAGACCUGGGUGGUGGGCUGGAUCCAGGCGUGCACCCAGAUGGAGUUUUACAACACCUACGGAGACAUUGGCAUGUCGAGCUGGGAGCUGCCUCAGCUCAGAGGAGGUCUGGUGAGAGCCAUCAGCGACUCGGACGGCGUCAGCUACCCCUGGUAYGGGAACACGACGGAGACCGUCACCAUAGUGGGCCCCACUUCMAAGCCGUCCCGCCUAACCGUCAGCAUGAACGACAACUUCUACCCCAGCGUCACCUGGGCGGUGCCCGUCAGCGAAUCCAACACACCCUUACUGACCAAYAUCAAAAGGGACCAGAGCUUCACCACGUGGCUGGUGGCUCUGAACACCACCUCCAAGGAGAAGAUCCUGCUCCACACCAUCAAGUGGAGGAUGCGGGUGGACAUCGUGGUGGAUCCAUCCCUGCCUUUGGGCUCCAGAGCCAAGCUGGUGGGACGGCUGCAUCAGGACCAGCCCCGGGUUCUGAGCCGCAUGGAGCCCAUCCCUCCUAACGCCACGGGGAGACCAAACGCCAACGAUGCCCAAGUUCUGAUGUGGAGGCCGAGGAGAGGCCCUUCACUUGUGGUCAUACCACCCAAGUAGAACAUUUCUUUAAAUGAUAUCAAAGGGAGCAACAAAAUAAAACAAUAAAAAACUAAAACAGA